GGACCAAGUCACGGAGGAAAAUGCAGAGCCUACACCAGGCUGCUGGCCGAAUUCUCAUUUCCCUGGGGGCUCUUAGUGUAGUCUCUGGAGUUAUCACUUUCUUCCCUGUCUUUUCUUACAAGCUUUGGUUCACGGGAUGGAGUGUCUGGAUUGCUUGCCCCAUCUGGAAUGGAGCUUUGGCCCUCACAACUGGUAUACUUCUGCUGUUGGCUCACAAAGAGUGGACCAAGAGAUACCUGUGGCAAGCUAGUUUCAUCUUUGUGAUUCUGAGCAUGAUGGGAUGUCCACUUCAUUUUGCUGUAGCCUUGGAAUCUGCUCUCCUUGGCCCAUAUUGCUUCUACUCGUUUUCAGGGAUAGCAGGGACUGAUUACGUUGGUUAUGCAGUUGCCUUUCCUUUUCCGUAUGCAAGCUUCCCAUCAGCUUAUGUGGACCCGCUGCACUAUGAAGAGUACCACCUGACCCUUCAAGCCUUCAACCUGUGCCUGAGCUUUGCCAUGUUCUGUGUGUCCUUGACAGUGUUCGUCAAGCUUUCUGCAGGACUGAUCUGGAAGACACACACAUCACCAAGAUGUGUGGAUCCGGCCUCCAGGAGGGUUAGAACAGAACCACUGGGCGAGAUUUCUGAUUUCAAAUUCCUAUGUCUGAUACUGGGUCACUCCAUUAUGAGUUGAACAGCCUCCUCCGGGAAAGAGAUAUUUACCACAACAAACUCUUCUACUGGCUUUAUGAUUCAAGUUAGUAUUAUAUUAAGGCCAGGUGAAUUUGGGUUAUGCUAGCCAAUUUUUUCCCCAGUUUGAUCCUAUCAACACAAAUCAGCAAAGUUGGAAGACAAGAACUUGGCACUCUCUAUACCUUUUGUGGUCAGUCUUGUCCUCUUCAACUUCUACAUAAGUCUGCAAAGGAAAUCCUGUACAUUCCUAGGAACAGAGUUGAUUUUACAAGGAGGCCUACUGAGAAUUGAGGUUAGCAGACAAAAAUUACCUCCCCUGCUAUACUGCCGGUGCAUCUAGGAGUUUAGAAUGUAGAGAUUUCUCCCUGGUAAGGACCAUCCCAACUUUUUAAAGCCCUUUGUUAAAAUGAACAUAAACCCAGGAGAAUCAUACAUUAAAGCAUUGGUUACCUAUAACCCCUUGGCAUGCAUAGCUAAUCAGACAAUUGGCUGCCAUCUUGGACAUGACACCUGAGGUUUAAUGUUGGCUAGAGAGCAGAGAGAAAAGAAUGAAAAAAAUAUCCUUAGAGCUUGGUAAGUCAGCAUCAUGGAAACCCAAUAGUGAGGCCAUCUAAAGUGCCUGGAAAGAGAAAAAAUUAAUUGAAAACAGAGCAAAGUUCUCCAACUUCAGAAUAUCGCCUUCAUCCACCUUGCUCAGAGUAGGUUCUUGGUGUGUGAUUUCUAAACUAGGGAUAGGAUACAAUACAACUACAAUAUAUUUCUCAAAGUGGAUCAAUGACAUCAGAAUCGCCCAUGGAUCUUGUUAAACCAUAUUUCUGGCUUCUGUCCUGGCCCAUUCUUUUUUUUUUUUUUUUUAAGAUUUUAUUUAUUUAUUGUUUAUUUAUUUGACAGAGAUAAACACAGCAAGAGAGGGAACACAAGCAGGGGGAGUGGGAGAGGGAGAAGUAGGCUUCCUGUCAAGCAGAGAGCCCGAUGUGGGGCUCGAUCCCAAGACCCCAGGAUCAUGACCUGAACCGAAGGCAGAUGCCCAAUAACAGAUGCCUGACCUAAACUGAAGACAGACCAGGCGCCCUGAGUCCUGGCACACUCUUAGGGCAGAAAUGUUGGGCUUGAAAUCAGGGAAUAUGCAUUUUUAACACAUGCCCCAGGAGAUCCUGGUGAAAAUUCUCUUCCUAGCGCAGGAUUCUCUUAGUGUAACCUCUGGACAGAAUUUCCAUUUUCCCCUCUGUGUAAAAUGCAGCACUAGUUUGGGUAAGAGUUCUCAAUAAAUUUAAUAAACAGCAAAUCUUUGGUGAGCACUUUUGGAUGACCUGACACCACGUAAUCCAUAAUGGUAGCAGCUCAUGUUUCAUUAGCAAGGAUGAGUGGCUGACACAAUGGGAUAGGAGUUUCUGUAUUAAUAAAUACACCAUUGCCCCUGAGCACAGAAGGAGCAUGUGCAGCUUGACAAGCCUUUGUUACCAUGUGGGACACCUUGGUGGCUCAGUAGGUUAUCUGACUCUUGAUUUCAGCUCAGUUCAUGAUCUCAUGGUUGUAGGAGAGAGCACCACGUCAGGCUCUGUGCUCAACAUGGAGUCUGCUUGAGAUUCUCUCUCUCCUCCUCUGCCUCUGCCCCUCCCCCGACUUGCGCUCACUCUCUCUCUCUCAAAAUAAAUAAAUAAAAUCUUUAAAAAAACCCCACAAACCUUUGUUACUAUGUUACCAUGUAGAAAUCUCAGCUAUAUGAGGUGCAAUUUCUAGAAAACACACAACUUUCUUAGAAGAAACGGCAGGUCACUUGUUAGGAUAUAGAAUUCCACAUGGUGAUUCUACCUUUAAUGAGCCUCCAUGUAGAUAUAUUGUUAGGUUCAUGCUGAAAGAGAUAAGCAACACUUUUAAUUUUUAUUUAUUUUUAAAUGUUUUAUUUAAAUUCAAUUUAAUUCACAUAGAUUGUAUGGUUAGCUUCAGAGACAGAAUUCAGUGAUUCAUCAGUUGCAAACAACGUCCCACGCUUGUUACUUCAAGUGCCCUCCCUAAUGCCCAUCGCCUAUCAGGAAACUCGAGAGCUAUGCACAUUUGUAAAAAAGGAAAAAGUGAUAGUUUGAUGGAAGAUUUGGAGGAAAUUAUAAUUGUACUGUUUUAUAGAACAAUUUUUUUUCAUAUCUGUAAUAGUCAAUAUUAUGAUGGAUAAUAUUCUUUUCUAGGAAUUCUUCUGUAAGUUCAGAAACAAACCAAGCACUCCCUUAGGAAUCACCUUUCAUUAUUUCUCUGCUCCCUGUGCCUUUUCAGUUUAGGAGAAUUGAAUUGCAUCCCCGUCAGCUCAAGCUAUUAUAACAAAAUACCAUAGACACGGUAGCUUCGCCAACAGGUUUAUUUCUCUCCGUGCUGGAGGCUGGAAGCCCAGGGUCAAGGUACCAAGAUGGCUGGUCUUUGCUGAGGCCUCUCUUACUGGCUUGUGGAAGUCAACUCACUGUGUGCUCACCUGACCCUUCCUGUGCCUGCUCCUGGACAGAGAUGAUCUCUGUCUCCAUCUUAUAAGGGCACUAAUCCUAUCAUGGGAGUCUCCUAGUCAUGACCGCAUUUAAAUUAAUUACUUCCCAAAUAACUUACCUCCAAAGACCAUCCCAGUAGGGAUUAGGGCUUUCACAUAUGGAUUUGGGAAGGAAACACUAACAGUUGAUAGUAUCUCAUUGAAGGUCACACAGUAUUGGUGUGUGAGCGUGUAGUCAUUUGAUACCCAACGAAAACCACAGUGAGAAAUGCUUGAAAGAGGCAUAAAGGGUGUUAUGAUUUUGAUAAAAGCAUUAUACUAGCACUACAGACUGAAUGUUUGUGUCUCUAUGAAACUCCCAAACACCCACUGUGAUGGUAUUAGGAGGUAGGGCCUUUGGGAGAUAGAUUUAGUGAGAUCAGGAGCGUAGAGCUCCCAUGAUAAGAUUAGCUUUCAUGAUGCCCUUAUCAGAAGGUGAGGAGGCCAGAGUUCUUUCUCCCCCCUAGGUAAGGAGACAGCAAGAAGGUGGCCAUCUGCCAAAUAGGAAGAGGGUUCUGACCAGUUGCUGAAUCUGCUGACACCUCGAUCUUGGCCUUCCAGACUCUAGAACUGUGAGAAAUUGUUGUUUAAGCCACCCAGUCUAUGGUAGUCAGUGACAGCAGCUCCAGCUAAGACCGCAAGCCCUUCCAAGUUUCCAGGGCCUCACGGGAAGAGGUGGAACUGGAAAAGGAACGCGAGCCCCCCUUGUGUAGCUCCCUGCAGCACACUGAGGUGACCUUCUCGGCUGAGGACUCAGGGCAGGGGGCAAAGAGCACUCCAUAGAAUUAAGUCGAGAAACCAAAACGCAAAACAACCAUAGCCCAAAUUGUCUACAUUCUUGGUCCAGUAAGUAAUAAAGGGAUGGGAAAGGAAAGAAUUGGGACACCAGACGCGCGGCAGCUGUGCCCGCCAGCUACUCUGCCCCUCCCCCACGGAAUGGAACGGCUCCGUCUGUUUUCCUUUCAUUAUUCAUUGUUAUGUUUGGGGUUUUGCUUUUUUUUUUUUUUUUUUUUUUUAAUGAAAGGGGAAAGAAAAUAUUUUCCCCCUUAUCAUGUGAUAGAGUGGUUUUCUUUCUUUUUUUUUUCAAUGAAUUGAGAAAUAUUUACUUUCCAUAAAAGAUGUAGGUAAACCCUUUAAAGAGUUCAAAAACAUAUGAGGACAGAAUAUUUACCAACGGAGGAGGAGCCUCUUCUUCCAAACAAAAGACAAAUUUGCAGAAAUACACCAGCUCCAAAUCUUCUAGCGAACGUACCGGGUAUCAUUAGCAACAGAAAUGCGUUUUGAAACAAAUUCAUCUUCAACUCUCACCCUAAGGGCUUGAAACCUCAUGUGGGGCUUUAGCAAGUUCUCUCUGGUGCUUCUGGGAACUAAAUCCCGUCUGGGAGAGUCAAGUCAGCCUCAGGGAGGGCCACAUAAUAGUCAGAAUUCACUGCAUUUCUUCCUCACAAGUCCUUUUCUGUGUCUCCUCAACAUGGUCAACAGAAAAAUCAGAAUCUAGAAAAAUAAUUGCAAUUCUGGACAUUAGUGUUCCCUCUAUCUCACUGUGUCAUCUGGAAUAAGAAUGGUGGGGACGUGAGCCCGCGUAGGAGCAGAGUAAGUGGAGGUGCUAUUUAUGGGACAGUUACUACUUGUCAGGUGCUUUCCCUCCUCCUUCCUUCCUCACAACCCCACAAAUCUCAUCAGCCCCGUUUCACAGAUGAUGACGUUGAGUCGGUCAGGUGGAGUCAGGAUUCGCUCCCUGUGUCAAAGGGUCUUAGACAGUGUUUCUUCAGCUUUACAGACUCAAAGUGGCUUUGUGUAGGCAUGCUUUUUUUUAAAGAUUUUAUUCAUUUAUUUGAUGGCAGAGAUCACAAGUAGGCAGAGAGACAGGUAGAGGGAGAGGUGGAACAAGGCUCCCUGCUGAGCAGAGAGCCCAACUUGGGGCUCAAUCCCAGGACCCUGGGAUCAUGACCUGAGCUGAAGGCAGAGGCUUAACCCACUGAGCCACCCAGGCGCCCCUGUAGGCAUGCAUUUUGUGGGCAGUCUUUCUUAUGUUUCUCACAGACAAAAAUUAACUCACGUAUAGAAAUGGAAGCUAUUUUUCUUCCAGGGUAUUUUCAUUUCGUUUAAUCAGUGAGAUGGCACCAAGGGUGAUAGCGACUUACGAAGAGAGGAAAUGAGACCAAAGUUGUCGAUUGUGAUGUAUUAAAAUUAGCUCGAUAUUUUGUCAAAGCAGAAGCAAUAAAUAAGGAGGUAACUAGACAACUUUUUUCUCAGUUUUUACUUUAUAAUCAUUGUGAACAUCAUGUUUUCCUUUUGACAUUCAGUCAGUUUAAUCUUUUAAUACAAAAUAUUCUACUGGGUUUUUUCCCCCUCUUCCUACUUUUUUUUUUUUUUUUAAAGAUUUUAUUUAUUUAUUUGUAAGAGAGAGAGUGAGAGCGAGCACAGGCAGACAGAGUGGCAGGCAGAGUCAGAGGGAGAAGCAGGCUCCCUGCGGAGCAAGGAGCCCGAUGUGGGACUCGAUCCCAGGACGCUGGGAUCAUGACCUGAGCCGAAGGCAGCUGCUUAACCAACUGAGCCACCCAGGCGUCCCUCCCCCGCUUCCUACUUUUAAUCUAAAAUGGUAUUAUUAUGGGGCCUCUGGGAGACUCAAUCAGUUAAGUGUCUACCUUCGGCUCAGGUUGUGAUCUCAGGGUCCUGGGAUCGAGCCCCUUAUCAGGUUCUCUGCUCAGCGAGGAGUCUGCUUCUCCCUCACACUCUCCUCUGUGUGCUCUCUUUCUCUC